AUGAAAACGAAAGGACUUGUAUUUUCAACAUAUACAUUUGAUUACAAUUCAAAAAGUGAAGGCGGUGCAAAGUCGAAUUCAAAUCAAAUCGACGUGUGUAAAGAGGUUGAAGAUGAUGAAAAUAAUUCAGAAAAUGAAAAUUUGAGCUAUAGUGAAGGACACUCUGAUAUUAAUGGUGGCAUUACCGAAGAUAAAUCCAUCUUUGAUGCUAAAAGUGAAGCUGAAGAUGAUCAAAUGUAUGAAAAACGUAAAGGCGAAAAACAUGAUGAUGAAGAAUUAAUUCAACAAUGA